AUGUCCACGCCCUACGAAAAGGCCCUCGCCGCCAUCGACGCCGCGCACGCGCUCGACCCGAAGAAGAUAAAGGCCGCCGGCCCCGCCGGCGCCGAAGAAGAAGUCCCCUACGAGCUGCACUACGCCAACAAGAUGACGGCCUACCUCGACAAGCACAUAUCAUCAUCGACGUCGGCGUCGUCGUCCGACGCGGGCGCGGCAUCGGAGGCGCUGCGACUCGCGGUGCGGGCGCAGCACCUGCGGCGGUGGGAGGUGCCGCGCGACGGCUACCCGGCGACCAAGGCGGGUUACCACGGCUGGCGCAACGCGCUGAAGAAGCGGCAGGCGGAGCUGGCGCGGGGCAUGUGCGCGGAGGCGGGGUACGGCGAGGCUGAGGCGGAGCGCGUGGCGGCGCUGGUGCGGAAGGAUGGGCUGCUGGCGGGCAAGGGCGGUGGUGCAGAUCCCGAGACGCAGGUGCUGGAGGACGUGGCGUGUUUGGUUUUCUUGGACGAUCAGUUUGAGGAGUUUGAGAGGGGGUACGACGAGGAGAAGGUGGUGGCGAUUUUGAGGAAGACGUGGGGGAAGAUGAGCGAGAGGGGGCAUGAGUUGGCGCUGCAGAUUCCGAUGGGGGAGAGGCCGUUGGAGUUGGUGAAGAAGGCGUUGGGUGGGUGA